AUGAUGGCUGCUUCUGCUCGGUUAGGAUUAGAUAACCCGAGCGUUAUAUCUAUAGACACGUCUGAUGAUGAGUCUGAAAAUAAAAGGAGUUGUGAUUCUCCUCCUCUGCCUUGCUUUGACCCUGGGUUCUUGGAACAAUAUAGAGAACAACCACCGAGUGUUAGGCCAUUUGCUAUUUUUACGAGGGGUUUAAGGGAUAGCCCUAAAAAUAGCGACUUAGAGGUGGUAGGCCCUAAAAAUAGCGACUUAGAGGUGGUAGGCCCUAGUCCUCUCCCUUUCGAAGUAAACCCCAUGUCAAUUCUGAAGACGGGGGACUUAAACAGGAUCCGAAAGGCGUAUAGCAUUCCUCUAUCGGUGAUGCUUAGGAUUCCUGAGGAGAAUGAGAGGGCUGACAGUCCAGGCCCAAACGAGAUUACGGUUUAUGAAGCUUACUUUGCCUUGGGUCUGCGGGAAACCAUACCUUCUCUAAUAGCUCAAGUGGCUACGUUCUUCAAUAUCUCUCCCAGCCAGUUAAAUCCUACCGCAUGGAGGGUCUUAACUGCUAUUCAAGUUUUUGGGGAGUUGCAUUCUGAAAAGUUGGGAGUGAAAGAAGUCUUCUAUGUCCACUAUCUUAGAGCUCAUGGUCAAGAUGCCAUUAGGUGUGUACUCCGUAAACGCCCCGGCCGUUGCCCUCUGGUAUUUGACUUAAUAGCAAACGAGAAAAGGAGAGCUUGUUAUGAGAAGGAUUGGAAAAUGAGAUACCUUUUCAUGAAUGUGGGACCCAAUCCUCCUUUCCCUAUUACUUGGUGUUUAAGAGGUAGAAGACCAAUAACUAAUUUUGAUUGUUACUUCUGUUUUCCUGACUCCAUGUUGCAUUAUUCUCUCUCCAUUGUUGCAGAUCUCACAUCCAUAUCCAAAUCCAUAACCAAACAGUGUGCGGCGGGAAAACAGGGUGCUUCCAGAGUAUCCGGACAUCCUCCUCACCUACGUAGCGUUCAAGUCUUGACUGCCGCCUACUCUCUUGAGAAAUCUACGAUUUGGGGUGCUAAGAUGUCUGGAUUCGUUGGAAUAGAUGGCAUGAAAGCUUUGGAGAGGCUCAAUCGUAUUGUCACGGGUCGUGGGUCUUCGUCAGUCGUCACUCCUGAGCCUCCUUCAGUCACUGGAAAAGGGAGAACUUCUUUGAAACGCGGCUCAGCUUCUGCUGAGUUGGUUACUGGUCCUCCAAAACAACCAAAGAAGACUGCCACUGGUGGAGGGCUUCUGGUUUCUGAUCACGCUGCUCCUUCUGGACACGCUCCUAUAGUUGAUCAGCUUAAUGCUAAUGCGUUUGGUCGGGAUGUUGAGGGCUUUGAAAAACUUGGAAUAUCAGUCAUCUUUCCCCAAGCCCAAGCUGCCCUCAUUAAGACGGCUUCUCUCUGCCGGUUUGCAGAAACGCAACUUGCCCUGGCUGAAGAGAACAAGAUGAAAGACUCUGAGGUCAUUUCUGCCUUGAGGUUGGAUUUUGCUUCCGCAACUAAACGAGCGGAGGAGCUCAGCGCUGCUGUCUCUGAGAGGGAUGCUCAGUUAGUGACUUUGAAUACUGAGAAGGAUGUUCUCACAUCCCGUGUAGAGAGCCUUGAGAAAGACUUGCAACGAGAGCGGGAUAAUGUCGAGGACCGAGUGGACCUGGCUUCAUGUUGUGCAACCAUUGCAACCGAAUGGAGGCUCAUAAAAGAUUUUAAAUCAGGGGGUGCACCUAAAUGGGAUGCAGCGAAGGCUGAGCGCAACUACAGAGAGUAUAUGGUCCUAAACGCAAAAGCUUACCAAAAGGAACCUCCUGUGUUUCCUGAUGCCCUCACUGUCUUUGAGAGUGACGAUCCUUCUCCUGCCAGUGUUUCUCAGCCUGGGGCAACUGGUAAUAAUCACCCUCAGGAUACCGCUUAA